AUGAUUGCCAACCUACUAUUCACUCCGUCCAUCUGGCUCCGGUUGGCCCUGGCGUUUGUGGUAUCCAGGCUGGCUUUGAGCGACCCACGAUGGCAAGAUGCUGCUGCUCUUUGCAUUGUGAAACUUUUGUGGAUAUGGGCAGAGAACAUGGACAUGUGUGCAUGA